CAAGAAGUACAAUGUACAUAUUUAUAUUGUUUUAGGUCUGUUGAUGUACAUUGUAUAAAAAAAAAUCCAUCACAUGCAUAUAAUCGUGAUGACAGUUUAGAACAAGAGACCUAAGAACAGUAGAACUUUUCGACACCGUGUUGCUACCAGUCCGCAUCUAUAUGAGCCAGUCCGCAUCUAUAUGAGCUAGUCCGCUUCUAUAUGAGCCAGAUCGAAAGUAGCAAAACUAUACCCAGGUGACAAUGAUCCGGUUCAUUCUAAUCCAAAACCGGGCUGGGAAAACGCGUUGUGGCAAAUGGUAUACGGCAUUCAGUGAUGAAGAUAAAUCGAAAAUCAUUGAAGAGGUGCAUGCCCUAGUAACAACCAGAGAUCAAAAGCAUACGAACUUCAUCGAAUUCCGUAACUACAAGAUCAUUUAUCGUCGAUAUGCCGGCCUGUACUUCUGUGUAUGCAUAGACAAUAAUGACAAUAACCUCGCCUACUUGGAAGCCAUCCAUAACUUGGUAGAGGUCCUGGAUAAAUAUUUCUCGAACGUGUGUGAACUGGACCUAGUCUUCAAUUUCUACAAGGUGUACGCAGUUGUGGACGAAUGCUUCCUUGCCGGCGAAAUAAUGGAGACUAAUCAAUUUGUGAUAUUACAACGGCUGGGAGUGCUUGAACGGCUGGAUUGAUGAUUUUACUAAACCCCAGGUUUUCGAGCGGUAUCUACGGAAUUAAUGCUGUAAAAAUAGGCCGUCAAACUGCUAGGCUUCCUGACCAGCGCCCGCGGUACAACCAAUGGUGGGCCGCUGCCACAAUCCCCAUAUCACAGCCGGCGAGAGCUUGACACCAGAGUGUGCACAGAUGUUGCGCGCAGUCGCAGAAUCUUUGAGCAGAGCGUAUUGGAGUUCCGUCUAUCACAAUUAAUCGAGUCCACACAUCGCUCCACAAAUAUCUACAAAAGAUCACCUCAGCGCCGCGUUUGUGUAUACCCAAAUCAGGUCAACGUCUAAUCAUAAAGUACCAAAAAAAAUUCAAUACCAA